UAAUGCUGCGUUUUAAUUUAAAAUUAGCUGUAGAACAACCAACACGUCCUCGUAGCCAAACUUGUAUAGAUAACAUAGCGCACAAUUUUAAAAAAAAGUGUAAAACUGAAAUAAUAGAAUUUGCUUUAUCGGAUCAUACCGCUCAAUUAAUACAUUUCCCAGUAAAAAAUAAAUGCACUUUAAAAUAUUGGCGUAAGAAGCAGCGAGAGUAUACAAAAGACAACAUAAACAAAUUUAAGGAUUGCUUAAAAAGUCUAUCAUUCUCUGAUAUAUAUGAAACCCGUGAUGCAAACGUGGCUUACAAUUUAUUUAUACAACAAUUUAAACUAUUCUAUAACCUAUGUUUUCCUUUUAGAUAUGUUACUGUUAGAGUCGAUAAAAAACCUAACUGGAUAUCAAAGGGUAUCAAAAUGUGUAGUAAAAAAAAGAGGUCACUUUUAUGGAUAUACAGACGUAAUCGUACUCUUGUAAACCGACACAAAUAUAUUGAAUAUGCUAAAAUAUAUAAAAAGAUAAUAAUGUUAACGAAACGAGCUCAAAACUGCUUUAAAAUUAAAACUUCAACUAACAAAUGUAAAAGUACGUGGCAAAUAAUAAAUAAAUCUAAAUUUAAUACACCAAAAGAUACCGUAGAACAACUUGAAAUUAACAAUAAAAUAAUCACUAAACCUUUAAUUAUAGCUAAUGAAUUUAAUAAAUAUUUCGUUGACAAAGUUGUACCUAUACCGAAUACUAAUAAUAAAAAUUCCAUAAAUAUCACAAACCGAACAAAUUCCAUGUUUAUGGCUCCAAGCUUACCCACUGACAUUCUUAAUAUAAUUAAAGGUCUAAAAAAUACAAGUAGUGUUGGGUUAGACGAAAUCGACACCAAAAUAAUUAAAUCUGUAGCUAGUCUUAUAUGCGAACAUCUAAGUUAUAUUUUAAACUUAUGUAUAAGCAAUGGUAUUUUCCCCGAGAUGUUAAAAAUUUCGAUAGUAAAACCACUUCAUAAAAAAGAUGCAAAAGAAUUAAUGAGUAAUUAUAGACCUAUAGCACUAAUAUCUAUCAUUUCAAAAAUAUUUGAAAAAUACAUAUAUAACCAAAUAUAUCAAUAUUUAGAAAAAAAUAAAAUACUAUGCAACGAACAAAAAGGUUUUAGACAAAAUAUGAGCAUAAAUCUAGCAAUCUUUGAUUUUUUAAGAAACAUAAUGUUAAAGGUCGAUAAAUGUACGCCUGUAUGUUCAGUUCUUUGUGAUAUGACGCAGGCUUUUGAUUAUGUUGAUCAUAAAACAUUAAUAGACAAAUUGGAACGCUACGGUAUCAGAGGAAACAUUUUGAAACUCAUCAAUUCUUACCUAUCUAAUAGAAAACAAGUUACAGCAAUUACUAAAUUAGAUACUAAUACAAAUAAACCGGCCAAGUACAUGUUCGGGCAAAAAAUAAGGUAG